GGCAGAGGGCGCUCCCGUGAGCCUCGCGUCCAUCUUCGAGCCUGCGCCUGCGCAGUGCGGGCCGCGCCCCGCCCCCUGCCCCGCUGCCCUCCGCCGGCCGGCGGGCCCCUCCUCGGCCGCGCGCCCUCGUCCCGCUCAGCCGCCGCUCCGUCCCGUAGCAGCCAGCUCGGUCUCCGGCAGCAUGUUCAGCUGGGUGAGCAAGGAUGCCCGCCGCAAGAAGGAGCCGGAGCUCUUCCAGACAGUGGCCCAGGGGCUGCGGCAGCUGUACGCGCAGAAGCUGCUGCCGCUGGAGGAGCACUAUCGCUUCCACGAGUUCCACUCGCCCGCGCUGGAGGACGCUGACUUCGACAACAAGCCCAUGGUGCUCCUGGUUGGUCAGUACAGCACCGGCAAGACCACCUUCAUCCGCCACCUGAUCGAGCAGGACUUCCCGGGGAUGCGCAUCGGCCCGGAGCCCACCACCGACUCCUUCAUCGCGGUCAUGCACGGCCCCACCGAGGGCGUGGUGCCGGGCAACGCGCUCGUCGUGGACCCGCGGCGCCCCUUCCGCAAGCUCAACGCCUUCGGCAACGCCUUCCUCAACAGGUUCAUGUGUGCACAGCUGCCCAACCCGGUCUUAGACAGCAUCAGCAUCAUCGACACCCCCGGGAUCCUGUCCGGAGAGAAGCAGCGCAUCAGCCGAGGCUAUGACUUUGCGGCUGUGCUUGAGUGGUUUGCUGAGCGUGUGGACCGCAUCAUUCUGCUCUUUGACGCCCACAAGCUGGACAUCUCAGACGAGUUCUCAGAAGUCAUCAAGGCCCUCAAAAAUCACGAGGACAAGAUCCGUGUGGUUCUGAACAAAGCUGACCAAAUUGAGACACAGCAGCUGAUGCGAGUAUAUGGAGCGCUAAUGUGGUCCCUGGGGAAGAUCAUCAACACCCCUGAGGUAGUCCGCGUCUACAUAGGCUCCUUCUGGUCACACCCACUGCUCAUCCCUGACAACCGGAAGCUCUUCGAGGCAGAGGAGCAGGACCUCUUCAAAGACAUCCAGUCUCUACCCAGAAAUGCUGCCCUUAGGAAGCUCAAUGACCUGAUCAAGCGGGCCAGGCUGGCCAAGGUCCAUGCUUAUAUCAUCAGCUCCCUCAAGAAGGAGAUGCCCAAUGUCUUUGGGAAAGAGAGCAAGAAGAAAGAGCUGGUCAACAACUUGGGAGAGAUCUAUCAGAAAAUUGAACGGGAGCACCAGAUCUCCGCCGGCGACUUCCCAAGCCUGCGCAAGAUGCAGGAACUACUGCAGACCCAGGACUUCAGCAAGUUCCAGGCCUUGAAGCCCAAGCUGCUGGAUACAGUGGAUGACAUGCUGGCCAAUGACAUAGCCAGGCUGAUGGUGAUGGUGCGCCAGGAGGAGUCCCUGAUGCCCUCACAGGCUGUGAAGGGUGGUGCUUUUGAUGGCACCAUGAAUGGGCCCUUUGGGCAUGGCUACGGCGAGGGGGCUGGUGAGGGCAUCGAUGAUGUUGAGUGGGUGGUUGGCAAGGACAAGCCCACCUAUGAUGAGAUCUUCUACACACUGUCGCCUGUCAACGGCAAGAUCACGGGCGCCAAUGCUAAGAAGGAGAUGGUGAAGUCCAAGCUGCCCAACACAGUGCUGGGCAAGAUCUGGAAGCUGGCCGACGUGGACAAGGACGGCCUGCUGGACGACGAGGAGUUUGCCCUGGCCAACCACCUAAUCAAGGUCAAGCUCGAGGGCCACGAGCUGCCCGCCGACCUUCCUCCGCACCUCAUCCCACCCUCCAAACGGAGGCACGAGUAACAGCCAUGCCUGAUACUCUCCACAGCCCCAGGGCUGCUGGCACUUUCUACCUGCCAGCUCCUUGUCUGCCCAGGUGGCCUGGGGCCUGGAGGGGCAGAGAUUGAGGGAGGGAAAGGGUCACCAUUUUCAAGGUCCAUAAAGACUGAGCGAUGUUUCCUCAGCUCCUGAAUAGGAAAACCACCAUCUUUCUUUUAAAGCUGUUCCGGGUUCAGCGGGGAGGCAUGGGUGAUGCUUGGAUGUGAACAGUGGGAUUUUGUGCACAAGAACCAUGAUAUUUUUAAUAUAUAACAUUAGAGGCAGCCUUCUUUCUUGCCUCCUCUGUCUGACAGCCCCACACUCUGCCUCUCACCCCAGCCUGGCAGCACCAGUGACUGGGGUGCCCACCUCUCACAACCCACCCUGGCACACCCCUGCCAGCUGCCCCGGGGCUGUGUAAACAGGAGGCCCCCAGCUCCCUUGGUUUGUUUUCGGUCUGGGGCUUACCCAGGCCAGUGGCUCGUUUCCCACUAGCUGUGUUCUGAGCUUGGGUAAGCUGCCCCAUGGCCCUGGCGUGGUCUAGGGUGGAACACUCUCCUUUGUGUGCCCAUCUGCUUUCCGACGCCCAGCCAGAUCAGCAGCCACAGGCAGAAGACCCAACCACUGUUAGCUUUUAUAGGGGCUGCAGGGGCGAGAGACAGUGUCUUCCAGGAAAAUACAUAAGCUAUGUGUGUUCUAUAACUCACACUUCAUACUUGACCAAAUCCAGUAUCUUUUACAACACUGUUCAAAGCUGUGAUUUUUGUCUCUCCUUUCCUGUACUCCAGCCUUGGGGCAGCUUUUCCCCAAAGCCAGCGCAGAGCAGGCCUCUUGGGCUUGAGUUUGUUUUCUGGCCGAGGGGGGCUUCACCCCAGCUCCUGCUCAGAGCUUGACAGCUUUCAUGGCAGCUUCCUGGAGCCCCUUUCUGCCUUGGAGCAGGCAGUGGGUCCUGUGACCUGGGGGUGCUCUGGGCUGGAUAAGAGGAAGCCUGUGGCUCUGGCCUGGGUGUAGUGUCCAUGCAGCAGGAUGGUGGAAAACCCAGCCCAAACCCAGCCCCUUCCCUCAUCCUCAUUUCCUUCCUCUCCUCCCUUGCUGAGCCAAGGAGGUCUGGGUGUCCCAGAGCCCCAGACUGAGCAAUAAGCCAGAGCUAGCAAAUGACCACUUAGUCACCUCACUGCAGCCUUGGGGACCUGGACACACCCUAUGGCCAGUAGUUGGCUGUGGGGGGUGGGUUUUAUACAGAGGUGGGUAGAGCAGUGAAGCCUGCUCAUCUGGCGCUACAGGUGGGCUUCAGGGAGCUGCCUGCCACCUCCUCCCCCUCCCCCCACACUGCUCUGAGCCUGCCUCGCUGAGGCUCAGCUCCAGCCUGGCCUGUCACCUCCCUGCCUCAGCCCUCUUUUCCUACGUUGGCUGAGGGUCGGGGAGAGGUCCUCACAGGUUCACCAUUUAAAGUCUAGCGAGCUCUGUCCUCACCUGUGGGUCGAGGGACUGAGUGAAGACCCUCUGUUUCUUGCAUUAAAGAAAGUUAAAUUGUGCCAAA